UUUUAUGUAACAAUGUGUUCAAAAUAAUUAUUACGACUUACGAGAUAAUCGUAUUCAAUCCGUAGGUUCCCAAUCAACUUUCCACUUCUGAGAUGAAAUUAUUUAUUUAUUUUUUAGAUAAGAGUGAUAUAGGUUAUUUUUUUGUAAUUAGGUACUACUGAAGGGAUUCGAACCUGGGACCUCCAGGUUCAAGGCUAGUAGUAUUACCACUAGACCAAUCCCUUGUUCGUAAUUAUUUAUUUAUUUAAUUGCAAUAAUAUAAAACUAAUAACAACUUUGCAUACGCCAGCUUGCAAUGAUAUGGUAUGGUAUUAUCAGAGCGUUUUGAGACAAAGUUUGGUAUUUGAUUGUCAAACGAUUAUGUCUUGAUAUAUAAUAUUAUGUUAGUUUUUAUGACAUUACGGUGAGAGUUAGCUAGUCUGGAAGUAAUGCUGACAUAUAGUGAUGAGAAUACCAAAAUUGUGUGUGUCGAAAUUUUAGUGCUAAGGAAAUAAAAUGCAUAUUGUUUCUCGGUUAUUCUACAUAUAGUCUUUUCGCUCAAUCAUAUCCCUCGACCACCAUUUUGAAGCCUAAGUUCCAGCCCCUCCUCAAUCUAUAUUGGGUCUGUAUGUACAAGCGGUCAAUUAAUAUUCGUGGGUUUUAGGGUUUGAUUAUUAUUCCGGUAUAAUUGGGCGAGUGAACAAGUGAGAUGCAUUAAGUUAGGGUUUAUGUCACAAGAAUUAAGUUAUCGUAAUAAUUAGGGUAUUUUUUGAGUUUGCGUACCUUUUAUGUUUUAGUAAUGAAUUAAUUAAUUAAUGUUCUUGUAAGGGAAGAAAGAUAAUUCUAGCCGGGAAAGGAAAAAGGAGAGAGAUUGAAGCCUAGUGUGAGAAGGAAAGAGAUUUGGUUGUGGAACUCUAAAAAUAAAACACUGAAAUCCAACUCAUGUGUCUUGGUUUGUUCUUUGUCUAAAAUUCUAAUUUUCGUCCUAAAGUCUAUUUCUCUUCCUCUUCGUUCUGAUUAAGUCUAUUAUUUAUUUAUUUAUUUAUUUAUUAUCGUUUGAGUUCAUUCACAUACUUGUUACGUGUGAGAUAAAUCCACGUAACAUGAGUUCACAUGAGCCAAGGGUUACGCAUGCAUAUAUAUAUAAAACUUGUUCACUAGUUGGGAAUCUGGCCGGAAUUAUGGACAUAAUGGUUGGUAAGUAUAAUUAGAAUAGGGCAAUAUGAAAUAUGAGUAGCUAAUAGUAAUUGUUAUAAUCCAUCAUCACUGCAAAGAAAGAAACCAGUCCACCCUCUGUAAUUGUUUUGCCGGAAAUGCAUUUAAGUUAAGCUGUCUUUUAGUGAGAAUAAUCCGAGAGAGGACAGACGACAAAACAACGGGCUGAUGAGAUGAGAGAGAGAGAGAGAGAGAGAGAGCCGAGGGAGGGAGGGAGGCUUUCGUACUGUAGCUGCCACCGCUGACCGCACGCUGCAUGCCGGCCAUCACCACCAGUCCACCACUCACGCCGCGCCUAGCUAGGCCUAGCUAGCCUCUGCCGAAACAACAACAGUAAGAGAGAAAAUACAAAUUAAGGUUAAAAGAUUCCACAUAAUCUUAUGUUCAACACAAUACGUAACUAUAACUAUGCUUCCUUCCUAUUAUACAUCAUCAAUUUCUCAAUCAGAGGGGAAACCCAUCGUCAAUUUCAACUUUACCUCACCCAACAAACAACAUCACAACGAGUAUGCAUCUUCUCCUUGCCAAUUUUGGUCGACUUUUUCUUAUUUUCUGCUAUGUAUAUGAUUCAAACAUCAAGAUCUUAUUAAUACCACAACAAGGAAUGAGAUUUGUUGGGCAUGCAUGCAGAUAGAAAUUAGCUAGUAUAAUUUUUAUCCUCUAGCUAGGUCACGUACGUCUUUAGUCCCUCGACUAUUAUGCUUUGACAAAUAUGUCCCUACUUGAACACUUGGUAGAAAAUUUGGGUGUGGCCUAUGACCUAAUCUGGAAAGAAACAAACAUAGUUUUGUAUGUAUAGGUAUCUGUUCGAUUUUUGUAGUUACCAAUAUAAUUCAACUCUCUCGCAGUUACUCUGAAUUUAAAUGAUGACCAACAUAUAUAACAUUGAUAACAUGACUUUGCCCCCGCCCAUCCUUGUAUCUAUAAAAUAUAUUGUUCGCUUCAGAGGAAAGGAAUUUUGGGUGUGGCCAAAAUUUCACAAAUACAAGUGGAUAGCCAUGCAUGCAUGUUAUACACAAAAGACUGAAAUCAUCAAAACUAUCGAGCCUUCAUCACAGCCAUAUAUACUAAAGAGGUAGUUGGCAGACUUAUUUGAAGCUAGCUAGCUAGCUAAUCGGUUUGCUUAUUUACAAUCCAAGUUGUGCAUGGUAUGAUAACGUACACUUGGAAUAUAUAUAAUACAAACUUGUUGCUUAUUUAUAUAAUUAAGAGUAUGAUAACACUUUAUAUCCUAAUGACUUGUAAUUCAUACCAAGUUUGAUUAAUUUGAUAAUGUUACACUUAAUUUGAUUAAUUUGACGUUUUCAAGGUAUAUACAUGCAUCAUAAAAAUUGAAUGUCCUAUUGAUUAAUAUUGUGAAAAUCUAGAGGUAUAUAGAGUAUAGAAGAAGUGCAUCACGUGCCACUUUUCAUUCAUAUAAAAUCAAAUCAAAUCAUAAUCGAUACCAUGACUCUCCACGUGUCGGUCUUUUCCCCUUCUCUUUAGUGUCAAUGUCAUACAUAUUCUGGCCUUUUUGUUUUUGUUUUGUUGGUGUGAAGUAGAAACUUUCCAACAAGGAUAAAUACCUAAUUUGGUUACUGAGAUUACUAAAUUGUGUCACUCAAAUUACUUAAUAGAGUUGAACGGAAACUAAUGAGAGAGUGACAAUGUGACUUGUUUCAGUAAUUCGAGUGAUCGGAAUUGGAUGGAGGCUAACGGAAAAUUGACUAAAUAUGACAUGUUUCAGUAAUUCGAGUGACCAAAAUUGAUAUUAAAUUUUUAUAGUGACUAUACAUGACACGAUUUAGUAAUUACAAUGACUAAAAUGUGGCAUUUAAAAAAAAAUUUGAUUUGAUUUGAUUGCUAGUAAAAUACAAAGAGACAAAACUAGGCAGCCACGUAGCCAGGGGCAGAUUUUGGUUGCUGUUUACGUUGCAUUUCCAUUUCGCAGGCACUCUUGUUACUAUUUUGGUGCUUAAUUUCCCUUUCCCUUUUUUACUUUUCUUCUUCUUUUCAUUCUGCUCCUGGCUUCUGGCUGCCCAGUUUUUGGCUUUUUGCCUGUUGGAAAAAAUACAGAUGAAAGCUGGCAACUACGCGGAGAGUGUACGUACCUCAGGCAGGCAGGCUGGCUGGCUGAUAUAUGUUCUCUUUCUCUGCACAGAAAAGUUUAUCGCCAUCCAUUUGAUCUCCCCUUCUCCGUUCCGUUCCUUCCUUCCUUCCUUCCUUCCUUCCCGUCGGCUCCAUUUUCUUUUCUUCACCAACGACGUAACAUGGCAGGGAUUGGCGAUCGUUUCCGGAGUGGUUGCGCGUCUGUGAGGUCGGGUGUAGCUACUCUUUUUGGAGAGCGUUUCCGGAGUGGCUGUGAGUGGGCGAGGGAAUGGGCGUAUAUCAACUACCAAUUUUGGUUGUGUGUGGCUGCAGCGUUUGGGGUGCUGGUCAUUGUUAUGAGCUUGGUUAUGGGUGGGUCGCAAACGGUUGUUGGUUGGCUCUCUAUGGCGGUUAUGUGUCACUUUUUGGUGGUGUGGGGUACGGUUGGGGUCGGCGGGCGCUGGUGGUUAACCCAAGAUAUGGGUAUAGGGUGGGUGGUCCGUUGGAACGGCGGAGCGACGCUGCAGUGUAUUGGGAUCGCCUAUGCGGUGGCAAUUGGUGCGAUGGCCUCCGACGCUAAAUUCAAGCCGUGGCUGACUCUCAUAUACACUUGUUAUGCUUUUAGCAUCUCAAGGUAUAUGAAGUUUCCGAUGAGAUUUGAUUUUACUAUGGCAUGGAUUUGCACCACUGGCAGCGGACUUUUGGGGCUAGAGCUUGGCAAAGGUCACAGGGGCAACUGGGGUUGGUUGGUGGGAAUAUCGGCGGUUCUGGUGGGGUUGAUGUUUCUUGGCAAGUACCUGGAUGAUUACCAUCCUCCCACCAAGGAGAUUUACGAGGCGGGGAUGACGGCCCGGGCUGGGCCUAGGGCGAUACCACCUAAUGCACCUCCCUUCACCCCCCCGCCGCCACCUCCUCCUGCUCGCCAAGGUCCUGCUCCUGCUCCUGAGAAUCCCCAAGUUCCUGCUCCUGCUCCUGAGAAUCCCCAAGUUCCUGCUCCUGCUCCUGAGAAUCCCCAAGGCGGUGGUGAUCGUCCGGCAACUACUCGUAUGGGUGGCCAUGUGACGGUGGGGUUGGAGGCACUGCAAGCAGGGUGGAACGCCCAAAAUGCUUCGACUCGUGUGGGUGGCCAUGUGACGGCGGGGUUGGAGGAUGAAGCUUCUUCUUCUCAAUUCAUUGACUUUGAGGAUGUGGACUUGGAAAAGGAAAAAGAGCCUUUCUUGACUCCAAAGUCCGGGCCGGAGGAUGAGGAGCCGCAGCGACGUUCCACCGCUUGAGGUGGCAAAAGGAAGGGUGAAUUGGAUUUACUUACUAAGCUUCCCAAGUCCCAACCCACAGCUUUAUUGUAUUUAUCCAUCGCUACUUAGUUACGUUAUUAUAGUCUUUCAUGAACAAACACACACUUAAUUAGCUAGCUUUUCGUCCCCCAUUCCAAUUUUCCCUGCAAUCUGUCUUGUCUGGGCUUACUACUUUUCCUGGGCCUGGGCCUGGGCUUGCUUUGCUAGGAGUGGGGGAACUAACUAUGCUAUCGGAUUUUCCUUUCUGUCUGUUGCUUUCUUUUCAAUUUGCUGCUAAACACGUUUGGGACUUACCGAGUGAAUGAGUAACGUUGGUUGAAUCGAAAUCAAUUAUGUAAGUAAGUUGUUUUUGCCAAUCAUUUGGAGGAGGGUGGCUUUCUGGCUUAUUAUAUUAUUAAUUAAUUACUUCAGUUGGGGUGCUAGGGUUUCAGGCUAUUUGUUGGGCCAUGGUUCUCUUUGGUUAUGUUUAUCAGGCCAACGGUUGGGCCUUGGUUCUUUUUGAUUGUUGUUGAUUUUGAGCCCUUCCGUAUUUCUUGUUUUCUUUCUUGGAGUUUGGGCCCAAAAUCUGUUCACCCUCACAGUCCGUAUUAAUGAAUUUACAAUGUUUUUGUAAAAAACAUGUACCAGCUCACUACAAAGCAAAGCAUCCUUGCCUCCUCGUAUCGUAUCGUAUCCUAUCGUAUCUAGGGUGGGUCAUUGGCACAGGGUAAAAUACAUACCUGUUUAUGGAAAUUGCACCACAAUACAUUGCCUAAAACCUAAAACCAACCAAGCAACAGAAAUUAAAUUCUCAGACAGUACCAGUACAGUACGUAGCUCUAGCAACAAAUUAAAACCACCCAUGGAUUGGGAUGCUCUUAUUUAUGUGCAUGCCCAGACCAACCAAUAUCACGCUCUUUACGAAAUAUUAUUUUUUAUUCAUAGAAAUAAAAUACAUCAAUAUCG